CGACAGCUUAGAGGGUCUCAUAAGAAAGGAGGCGCGCCAUUUUCAAGAUUCGUAUGUUUGCGGGGAACUCGAUUGUAACAUAACUUCGCUAUAAUUUUGAGCCGGCAUCAUGCAAUCAGACGAAACAUUUAAAGUGUAUGCAGUAAUGUCAGUGCAAGACACGCCGAAAGAAUUGUUCAGUAAAGAAGACUGCAGACAUUACCAUUGCCAUUUUCCUCUCCCAUUGCCAGAAUAUUUAGUAUGUUUUACAUUAGGGCAAUGGGAUAAAACUGGAAGUGAGUUACAUAUCAGAAUUGUGUUGGAUAGUGAAACAGAACCAGUUGAAAUUGGAAUCCUCACUCAGAAUAACAGAGCUGUAUGUUGGCAGGGAGAAUGGGACAGUGACUUUCAUAGGAAAAGCCUACAUAUGUUACAACAAGGGAGAAUGGCCAAACUACAAGUAAUAGCUGAAGAUGUCCCGUCCAUCACUGUAGAUAGUGGUUUAGAAUUGUCAAGAAAUGACAUGCUACAAGAUAUAUCAACAGCAAUGAAUAGUGCAGAUGAAAACCAGGAUAUUGAAGAGAGUUUUGUUACACCAAAAGUCAUGAAUGGAGACUCAAAAACAAAGUCUGCUAGAGGUAGCAACAAAAAAAAGAGAAAGCCAAGCUAUGAAGAAACAGAAAAUACUCCUUCUUUGAAUCCAGUAACAAAGAAAACUAAAAAUGCAACUAGGAGACUACAAGAAGAAUGGAAAAAUAGUCCAAAAAAAUCUCCAAGCGAACGAUGGGGUCAUUCCCUGUGUACAAUUAAUAGCAGUGAAGCGAUAUUAAUUGGAGGUCAGGGAACAAGACAGCAACUGAGUAAAGAUUCUAUUUGGCUACUCAAUACAGAGCAGAAAACAUGGAGAGUACCAACCAUCUUAAACAGUGAUAAUGCCAAGCCACAGUACAGAAUGGGUCACUCUACUACGUAUGAUCCAAUUGUCAAAUGUGUGUAUGUAUUUGGUGGAUCUAAGAACCUUAGAUGGUACAAUGAUAUUCAUGUACUGGAUGUAGAAACAUGGACAUGGUCAUUAGUCAAGACAAAUGGUAAAGCACCAACGAGAGCAUAUCACAGUACGACUUUAUUUGGUAGUGAGUUAUUUGUAUUUGGUGGUGUAUAUCCAAAUCCAGACCCACAGCCAGAUGGUUGCAGUAAUCAAGUACAUGUGUAUAACCCAGCAACGGAGAGUUGGUAUGAACCAAUUGUAAUGGGAGAAAAACCUCUUCCUAGAUCAGGGCACUCGGCGACUUUAGUGAAUGAUAAGCUAAUUAUCUUUGGUGGCUGGGAUGCACCUAUGUGUUAUAAUGAUCUACAUAUUCUGGAUCUUAGCAUGAUGGACUUUACAAAACCAGAAAUUAAAGGAACACCACCCUCUCCUAGAAGUUGGCAUGCUGCCGUUGGGUUGUCUAAUAAUCGGUUGUUAAUACAUGGUGGCUUUGAUGGUGACCAUGCUUUGGGAGAUUCAUUCAUAUUCCAUCUUGAUACAUGUAUAUGGACACAACUGAAGCAUUCCCUACCAAUAAGUGCACGGGCCGGACAUAGUAUGAUAUGUCUUGACAACCCAGACCAAAACAAGGACUUGACUUUUAAAAGGCAAAAAAUAUUAGUCUUUGGAGGAGGUGACAAUGAGGGAUCCUUCUUUAAUCAAACCACAGUCUUCAUGGUCUCUGAUCAACUUUGAACAUCUGCUUCUUGAAUUUAUGGUACAUGUAUCUGACUCACUCACUCACAACAAA